GUCAAGGGUGCCCUACCUUUGUUUAUCGGGUGCCACCCUCAGCAAGUCGUUGCACUGCCCUUCCCUGGCGUUCAUUCUCCCAGCUGCUCUUCUGGGGAGUUCAGGUGUUUCUUUUUGCUUCUCAAGUGAUGCUUUUUCCUGCCUGCCAGAGUAGGCUUCCUCCCUGGGCCUGGCUGCUCCUCCCAGUGCUCUUUUUGCUGCCUGAGGCUCAAGGUAACUGCACCUCUCCAGAACCACCCCUCUAUUCAUCACUCAACGGAGGCCCCCUGAAAGAAAGCUAUCCAGCUGGGGCUGUCCUGACAUACCAUUGCAUCGUGGGUUAUGAAUACAUACCUGGAACUGAAUCUUCCAUUACAUGUCUGAACACUUCAAAAUGGUCAGAAGUUCCAGUAUUUUGUCAGGGGAAAAAAUGUCGCCCUCCAGUUAUAGAGAACGGCAAAGGAGAUACUGAUGGUGAUGUCCGCCUUGGUGGUAGUGUAACUUUCUCCUGUGUACAUGGGUUUAGACUUAUUGGUGAAGCUACUGUUAAUUGUAUUCUGAGAAAUGGCAGGGUUGACUGGAACAGAGAUUUCCCAACUUGCCAGCACAUCCCUUGUCCUCGUCCUGACACGAUUCCCAAUGGAUACUUUGAUCCUCAUCCUUAUGACGAAUAUUACACUGGAUCAGCGGUGAUCUAUCGCUGCGACCGUGACUUCUCUCUGAUUGGAAAUUCAACAAUCACAUGCAUAGUGGAAGAAAAUGGUGUAAACGGAAAGUGGAAUCCACCUGCCCCUGAAUGUAAAAAAGUCAAAUGUGAUCAGCCAGAAGUGGAAAAUGGAAAAUUAUCAAAUCUACCUAAGCCGUCAUAUACCUAUAAUGAAGGCAUCAGCUUCAAAUGUAAUUCCGGCUAUUCCGCCAUGGGAAGCCUGCAUAUUCAAUGUGGAGCUAACAGUUCGUGGGUUCCUGCCAUCCCCAAAUGUGUCAAAGUUAUUUCCUCCACCGUUCAAGCUUUCUCCACAAGUCGAGUGACGACGCCCACCACUCUUCAUUCAGAAGAUAAGAGUACUGUGACGAGAGAAACUACACAGAUGUCAAAUACAACUUCCAAAGGUUAUACAGGAUACAACAAAACUGCCAUACUUGGAAAAUUGAUCAUCCUCCUGGCUCUUCUGUAUAGUUGCUGGUGAAGCCAUGACAUUGAACAUGUAGAAAAACUAUCAAGAUUUUAUUUGAUUGAACUGGGAAUCUGCUUGUGCUAAAUUAUUUAUUUCAUUUCAUUGCUAAACAUAAAAUACAAACUCCUAAAACCA